AGGUAUAACCGGGGCCGGGCUCUUUUAUCUUUACCCUAGAUUUAGACACAACAGCUGCCUUAUCCACACUCUCUCUCUCUCUCUCUCUCUCUCGUUACUCUGCAUCUACACAAGAUCAAGGACUUCCAUUACCAGGCGCCAUACCAGGAUGUCCAAGGUUCUACAAUUGCAUCACGAUUGAUGUCGUACUCAGCUCUGAGUAUGUACUAUGUAGUAUACUGUGGUUGAGUGUGUACAGCGGUUGUUGAUGAACAUAUCGAUGAGUGCACGUGACCCUAGUUCGGGUCCAAGUUGGUGUGAUUGUGUUGAGUGGAGAUUGCUGGUGAAACUUUUAUUUUGAGGGAGGCAUCGGCUGUGGUGGUGGUGGGUGGUGUUUUUUUGCAGAUUGGUGACACUUGUUUCUAUUGGUCUGGUUUAACAUGAGUUCAGACAGCAUGAGUAGGAGCAGGAGCCGGAGCAGGAGCAGGAGCCCAGUGGAUCGCAAGAUCCGUACUAGUCGGUAUUCCCACCGUGAUGCACCUUACAGAAGGGAACGCGGGGGUUUCAGCCAGAACAAUCUCUGCAAGAACUGCAAACGGCCAGGUCAUUAUGCCAGAGAAUGCCCGAAUGUGGCAAUUUGUCACAAUUGUGGUCUGCCAGGGCAUAUUGCAUCCGAAUGCUCCACAAAAUCACUCUGUUGGAACUGCCGAGAGCCUGGUCACAUGGCCGGCAGCUGUCCAAAUGAGGGCAUCUGCCACACCUGUGGUAAGGCGGGUCACCACGCAAGAGACUGUUCAACUCCCCCAAUGCCACCUGGCGACCUGAGGCUGUGCAACAACUGCUUCAAGCAAGGCCACAUUCUGGCGGAAUGUACUAACGAAAAGGCGUGCAAGAACUGUAGGAAGACAGGUCACCUUGCACGCGAUUGCUCCAACGAACCUGUUUGCAACUUGUGUAAUGUGGUUGGCCACCUGGCAAGAGCAUGCCCAAAGGCCAAUGAAAUCGAGGAGAGAGGUGGCGGAGCACGUGGUGGUGGUGGUGGUGGUUAUAGAGACAUUAUAUGCCGGAGUUGCCAUCAACCGGGUCAUAUGAGCCGGGAUUGUCCUGGCCCUUUGAUGAUCUGUCACAAUUGUGGGGGAAGAGGACACAUUGCUUACGAGUGUCCCUCUGGUAGGUUCAUGGAUCGCUACCCCUCCGGGAGGUUUAUGGAUCGCUUUCCCAGGAGAUAUUGAUGGCUGAAACUAUUAUUAUGAAGCUUUUUCAAUUGAAGGUGACAUUUGGUUAUUUGGUGAUUACAAUAACUGCAGGCUUGUUUGGUUUGUCGUAAAAUUGUCAAAAUCGUAACUUGAAUAUCGCGACUAGAGUUUCCUAGAUCUUGGAUUAAUGUUUAGAACUGUUAUGCCAGAUAUAUUUUUGUUGAUUUCGAAUUGAAGCAUCUACUCCUUACUGUGAA